CCCUGGUUUUCUCAACAUACAAAAGUGUAUGCCCGAGUGAGUCAGGGAUUAUUUUUUUUUAUUAAACUCAAAUAAUUUCUCGAUCUUUACCUAGUUCGGAGUCGUAGAAUCACAUACCCAGCGCGACUCCGAAGGAUUCAUCGCGAGUUUGCGAAAUUUUCUUCAUAGUAACGGUUUGCGGAGAUGGAAGGGACUGUGUUCACUCCCUCAUUAGAAGGAAUGAAGCACGUCAAGUCGGAAAACGGGGAAAUGCUUACCAAGCCUUUUCUCGAUGUGUGCAAGCUCAUCCUUCCCGUCUUAGAUAAGUUUGGAGCUGCUAUGGCACUUGUAAAGGCCGAUAUAGGGGGUAAUAUCACGAGGCUGGAAAACAAGUACGUCUCUAAUCCUUCGAAGUACCAAUAUUUAUACAGCAUGGUGCAAGAGGAAAUGGAAGCGAAAACAGCAAAAGGCUCUUCGAGUUGUACCAAUGGGAUUUUGUGGCUAACAAGGGCUAUGGACUUCUUGGUUGAACUAUUCCGUAACUUGCUUGUGCAUCCGGAUUGGACCAUGUCGGAAGCCUGCAGCGACUCGUAUGGCAAAACCUUGAAGAAAUGGCAUGGCUGGCUCGCUAGUUCCAGCUUUUCGGUCGCCAUGAAAUUCGCUCCUGAUAGGAAGAAGUUCAUGGAGGUCAUUGGUGGCUCAGGUGACAUCAACGCCGACAUAGAGAAAUUCUGCGCUACCUUCGCACCUUUACUUGCCGAAAAUCACAAGUUUUUGGCUGGUGUGGGAUUGGAUGAUCUCAAGGCCUCUUAAUGCAAACAUUCCGCUGUUACAGCAACAUUGCAAUGUGUCCUCUGCCACAGAUUACGUUUUCACUUCGCCUCGAACAAUCAUAGGGCUAUAAAAUAAGUUACCAGCAAUAUCGCAAUGUUAAGAAACUUAUCUGCACUACAACACUGAUGUUUUUGUUUCCAAUACUUCCAGCUAAAGUGUGUUUGUACGAUAUC